GGGAAUUAACCAAAGCAAAAAAUAGCAUGCGGUUGGAGGCACAGAUUUACUAGCAAGGGAAAAGUGGGUUGUAAUAAAGAUGAAGCCAUCAGAGCCAAAGAGCUCGCUGAGAAAAAACUUGCAAAGAUGGAUAUUCAUGGGGCCAAAAAAUUCGCUGUGAGGGCCCAGAACUUGUAUCCUAGACUUGAUGGUCUUGCUCAGUUGCUUGCAACCCUUGAUGUAUAUGUUUCUUCAGAGAAGUGGACUGGUUUGGGGUUCUUGGUGUUCAACCGUUUGCUGAUGAUGACACAAUUCGGAAAAAUGAUAGGAAACUGGCUCUCAAUUCUUCAUCCAGAUAAAAACAAAUCAGUAGGGGCUGAUGGUGCUUUCAAAACUUUGUCUGAGGCAUGGAGUGUGUUAUUUGAUAAAACCAAGAGAAUGUCUUAUGACCAGAAACAGAACUUCAGCGGAAUAUAUGCUGAUGUUUUUAAUGGGAAUCCUUCCUCAUCAAUGCCUGCCAAUCGCACCAAUAAUAAUACUUUCAAUACCAGGAAUCAUCAAGGUGCUACUCAUCCUUAUCCUGCUGCUACUUCUAGUCCAGUGAAAAAUGACUCUUUUUGGACAACCUGCAGUUCAUGUAAGGUGCAAUUGGAGUACCUCAGGAACUAUCUCAACCACAGUCUUCAUUGCGUCCACUGUCAUAAGCCCUUUAUGGCUGUUGAGACACCACCUCCAUCAAUGAACAUGUCAUCAGUUAGAGUUCCUCAAUCAGGUGCUUUCUCUAAAUUGGGUGGUAACAUAGGCGUGAGUGCCCCAUCUUCCUUUACUGCUGAAGCUACAGAUGAGAGCAAGCCAGCAUUCGAGCAGUUAGAGGAAAUGACGAGGCACAUACAGCUGGCCUGAAAGACGAUGAACUUGGGAUCAAGUUUCAUGAUUCUCAAAGAAGAGCUGCUGUUUUAGAUAUUGCUUCUUCUGGUGCUGGUUCCGGUUCUACAAUUAAAGCACGGAGGCCUAAGAAAAGAAGAUGCAUCAAUGACCAUGGGUGGAGGUGGUAUGAAAGACUUGUGAAAAAUCAAGUUGUUUUGGGAAA